AUGGGCGGCGAUACGGAGAAGAACAACACCGACCACCUCGAGCAUCCCAACGAGGCUCGGGCUCAACUGGCCAACUUGGGAAAUGCGGAAGAGCAUGAGCUUGGCAAGUGGGAGUCUCUGAGGAAAUACCCCAAGGCGUCAUUCUGGUGUGUCUACGCCGUCUGGUGUGUGCUGGUCUUGAGUUUCGAGAACCAGGCCGGAGGUAGCAUUCUGUCUAUCCCCGAGUUCAGGAAAGACUUUGGACAUUUCUACGACGGCGACUAUGUUCUCGACACGAAGUGGCAGUCUGCAUUCAAUGGCGCCCCCGUUGCCUCCGCUGUUAUUGGUGCUUUGGGCAGCGGUAACCUUGCUGAUUGGCUUGGCCGAAAGACUGUCAUUAUGAUUGCCCUGGGUUUCUCAUUCGUCGGAAUCACUCUCGAGUUUGUCGCAACAACCAACGAGGUCUUCUUUGGCGGAAAGUUCAUCAACGGUUUCGCUAUCGGUGCUCUUGGUUCCGUCACGGUUACAUACAUUGGAGAGAUCACUCCUCUUGCCCUACGAGGUCUCUUCACCUGUCUCACAGGUCUCUCGUAUACCCUCGGACCCCUCAUCGUCGCCGUCAUCAUCAACGAGACCGGAACCCUCAACAGCCGCUGGGCCUACCGCGCCGUCUUCUGCGGACAAUACGGAUUUGCCGCCAUCGCCGCCGCCGGUAUCUGGUUCAUGCCCGAGAGCCCCUGGUACCUUGCCAUCAAAGGAAAGCAGGAUAAGGCCUUGAAGUGUCUGGCACAACUAGGACACACAGGUGAUGAGGGAAGAGUUCGUCUUGCGGUCAUCAACCAGACGUUGGACCAGAUCACGAGUGAAACCGCUGGCGCCAGCUACCUGGAGUGCUUCCGCAAGUCCAACCUCCGACGUACCAUCAUCUCCAUCUCUCCUCUCUGCAUCCAGAGUCUGUCAGGCAUCACCUUCGCCGCCUCCUACAGCACUUACUACAUGCAACUCGCUGGAUACAGCACUGCCGACAGCUUCAAGCUCCAGAUUGUUCAGCAAGUCAUCUCUCUGAUCGGCAACGUCAUGUCAUGGUACUUAGUCGACAGAAUGGGACGUCGCAGCCUUACUGUCAAUGGCCUUGCCGUCCUGACCGUCAUUCUCCUGGUCACCGGUGGCCUCGCUCUUCCCGGCACCCUUGCCACAAACAAGGGCACCGUCGCUCUAAUCCUCCUCUACUGCUGGUGGUACAACGUUACCAUCGGUGCUACCGCGUACACAGUCCUUGCUGAGGUGUCUACCUCCCGUCUGCGUAUCAAGACCAUCGCCAUUGGUCUGGCGUGCCAAAAGGCCCUCGAAACCAUGUGGAACUUUGUUCUCCCCUACCUCUUCAACCCCGACAAGCUCAACUUGGGCGCCAAGCUGGCCUUCAUCUUCGGAGGCUUGUCUGUCAUCUCAUUGGUACACCUGUGGUUCAAACUGCCCGAGACUGCCGGAAGGACUUACGAGGAACUGGACGAGAUGUUCAUGAAGGGUGUUCCCGCGCGCCAGUUCAAGGGAUACACCCCGGAGGCUACUGUCAGGGGCGAGGCCGUCAAGACGGCCCUCGACAAGGAGCAGGAGUUGUAA